AAUGCAUGAUAUUUUAUUGCAACUAAAAUAUACCUACUGCAGGCAAUGCUAUAAAGUGUCGAGUAGUCGCGUAGAUUCCGAGGCGUUAUAUUCUCAUUAUGUUCACAGAAUGCUUAAAGAACAAGCAAGGGGGAAUUGUGAAAGACAGGUAUCACCUGACCGCGUGUUCGAGACGUAAUGCUAACAGUUCGAUAUCUUCAUACUGUGUGUUUCGUCAUAGCCACUUUCAACCUACUUCAACCAACUUUAACCUACUUCUUACACUACACUACACUACACUACACUACACUACACUACACUACACUACACUACACUACACUACACUACACUACACUACACUACACUACACUACACACAUUGAAAGCUGAUACUAGUCCAACGCUUCAUCGUCUUUAUUUCUCUUAAUUAAAGUGUCAGCUAAUAUUAGUUCUUGCAAUCUUCCUUUUGAAGCGUUUUAAGAGUAUAAAAUGUGUGGUCGUUAUUCGCUGGCAUUGGUAUGGCAACAUACUCUUCACUUUACACUUGUCUUGACCC